UGUGAUUAAGCAUCCAUGUAAAGAACUUACAGGGAAUUCCCCUUUUUUCCGUCUCAUUUCCAAUGUCGACCAAGUGCACGUAAGCAAUGCCUCAACGUUAGAGCGAGUGUAACCAUCAUAAUAUAUACAUCGCUGAAGAGAGUUCUCGAAUGCAAGAUAUUUGAAUGACUUUGCCGGAAUGCAGCAAUGCCUGUUUUUAAUUCACUCUACAAGUGAGGGGAUAGAUAUCCGUGAACAAAAUUUACAAGUAGGCCUAACCGAAUUUGGAGAAUUGUACUCGACUUUGCACGGUUUCUAUGAGACGUCGCGCUGUUUCUAAGUAGGCCUAUCAAAGGACUUAUAAGGAGUAGAUUACUUCUCACAGGAUACGACUCAGGGGUACAUGACAUCAAGAAUGAUGAGCAUUACAUCGAAACUGAUUGCCACGACGGCAUCAUAGUAGGCCAAUUGUUUCUUGACAUCCCUUCAGCAACGUCGUCAUCACUGUCCGCACCGAGCGGGUGGUCAUCUACGUGUACACCGAUGUGCAACUGCACCAGAAUUCCUCUGCGGUUGAACGACGGUGUUCCCAGACCGCUUUCACAUUCCAGUGAGGAUAAAGGCAAAUGCUUGUGCCAAGGAAAACGGAUUGAUACCUGACGAGUACCUGGAUGUUCUUGGGUUGGAGGUGGAGUUCAUAGAUCAUGUUGUUCUUGACAAUGGAUCUUUUACUAACUAUUCUUUUAGUGACUUGUACUUUUUGACCCUCUCGGGGGUCGAGUAUAUCAAACCAGGUGGAUUCAGAGCGGUAGCCGGUAUCAAACAACUGGUUUUCAGAGGCAUGUUUGUUGCCGUCCUGGAGAAGAGUGUGUUCAUGCACUUGAAUCGACUGGAGGGAAUAAAUGCAGAUAACAAUAACAUUAACCUUCUCAAGGAUGGAUGUUUUGAAGGCCUCGACACUGAGCUCCAUAACCUAAGCUUGGCAAAUAAUUCUAUCUGGGGUGUUUCGCGGGAUAAGUUCAUAGGCUUGUCAAUGUUACAAAAGCUGGUUCUGUCAAUGAACAACAUCGCGCAACUCGGGCCACAAACCUUUGAACUGAUGCCGGAGCUUCGAAUUCUUAAUCUCGCUUCAAAUGCAAUCGUACGAAUCGAGCAAGGCGCUUUUCUUAAUUUAAACAAACUAGAAAUGCUGUACCUUGACGGAAACCAAAUCCAAGUACUACCCGAGCCUCAGAUCAAAGGCAUAGAGUUUCGCGAAGUGACAGUGAUCCUGCACAGCAAUCCUCUACAAUGCGAUUGUCGCCUGGACUGGAUAAGCACUUGGCUGGAUAUCGAGGGUAUACAUUGCACAGGUACAUGUCAAUCACCCGAGAAGUCCAAAGGACACACCUUGGUAACCGCAUACGAAGAUCCGUUGCCACAAUGCAGGGAUAAUAACUCCGAGAUCCAUGUUGCAACAGGAAGCAUGGCUACUCUUACCUGUCCAAUUGCUUAUGCCUCCUGGGUUGUUCCGGGUAAUGUAACUCUCCACAAGACCGGACAGAGCGACGAUCAUUAUUUCCUCACCAACCGGGACUCUCUAGUGGUAUGGAACACCCAACUGCAGCAAGAGGGUGUUUACGAAUGUAUGACGGAGGAUGGAGACCAAUUAAUGGUGUAUAAUCUCAGCGUCCACAUGUCUGCAGCACGUACUGCAAUAAUGACCGUCUUCGGAAUCCUUGUCAUCAUCGCAGCCGUUUUUGCUGUGAUUGCUGUUCGUUGUUGUUUUCGUCGAUGUUACCGCAGUCAGAGACUAGAAUAUGAUAAUUUAGAAGACCCGCAACCGAGAGGGGAAGAACCACAACACAUUGGAAAUAUACAAGGAGGAAGUGUUGCCAAUCCAAGAGAGAAUAACCUCGAGAACGAGUCUGAGGAGAUAGCCGACGGCAAUCCAAACAGCUAUCACAUCAAACUUGACGAGCAGACUAAUUACAAAAAUUAAAAAGGAUGGUUCAAAACGUUUGGACGCAAGAAUUUUUGGGAAACUAGGCCCAAAAAAUGAAAAGGUUAUAUUCCAACGGCAUUUGAGAGAUAAUACAAAUUUAGAACUUCCCCAAAAAACAAUGGCUUGCAAAUUUCUUUUCGUGGGAAAUUAAGCAUUUUUUCUUGUAAUAAUUUUAUUAUGCGUAAAAUGUAUUUGUAUACUUAUCAAGAUAAAAAAAUGAAUUAUGAAGAUACAUUUGUUAUACUUUCUGUAAUGAUAUCUGUGAUACCUUUGUUUAUCUUUCUGUUGGAAAUGAAAUGAAUACGAGUUGAAUUGAAUUGAACCGAAUUUAGCCAUCGCAAUCGUUUAAUUAAAUGGUCUGAUUUUCAGACCCUUGUACCGAAUGGUCGUACGUUUUGUGCUGCGCAAAGAUUCAAUCAGUUUAA